UACGGUUGUUUCCUACGAAGAGAAAAUAUGAAAACAGAAAGGUUUUAUGUCACAGAAGGUGCUGAUGUCACAACUUCAGAAAAAUUCAUUGCAAAACAUGGACAUCAAGCUAUGCGACAGCUUAUCAAAGACAAGCUUCUGCAAGGAGACGAUAUGCGCCCUUUCUACGUUGCCAACUUGGAUGACAUAGUCAACAAGCACAAGCACUGGGUGGAACUAAUGCCACGUGUCAAACCCUUCUACGCCGUGAAAUUAAACAACACUGAGCCAGUCGUGAAGACCAUUGCGGCACUUGGGGCGGGGUUUGACUGUGCCAGUAGCGCUGAAUUCCAACAGGUUCUAAGAUAUAGGGUGGAGACGGAUAGGAUUAUAUACGCCAACCCGUGCAAGGAUCCCGAGGAAAUUAAACGUGCAUCAGAACAAGGAGUCGACCUCAUGACAUUUGAUAACGAAGAUGAAUUAGUGAAAAUAAAGCGCCUUUAUCCUGGUGCAAGACUCGUAUUACGGAUUCUUCCACAAGUACAUAAGGCCGUUAUUAAAAUUGAAAAGAAAUUUGGAUGUACCAUUGAAAACUGCAAAGUACUUUUACUGAAGGCAAAAGAAUUGGAACUAACUGUCGUUGGGAUCAGUUUUCAUGUUGGUUCUUCUUGUCUUGAUACAUUUGCCUACCAACACACUAUCAGUCUAUGUCGCAGCAUCUUCGACAUGGCCAAUACCAUCGGUUUCAAUUUCAACUUCCUCGACGUCGGUGGUGGAUUCCCGGGUUAUGAGACUGAAGGAAAACUAUCAUUAUCUGACAUUGCCAAGGCAAUUAACAAUUCACUGGAAAAAUAUUUCCCCGAUGAGGAAAAUGUUGAAGUGAUUGCAGAGCCCGGGCGUUACUAUGUACAAUCUGCUUUCACUCUUGCAGUACGGAACAAAGAUUCCAUGCCAGUCUUCCAAAGCAGCUUAUGGGGGCCAACGUGCAACCCCUAUGACUGUAUAACACAAGAAAUAGAACUCCCCGAGCUGGACAUCGGAGACUGGUUGUACGCGCCGAACAUGGGGGCAUACACGACUGUCCUCGUGUCUUCUUUUAACGGGAUACCGACGCCAAUAAUCNUCUAG